AUUUAUAUAAUUGUAGUAGACUUUUCUGGGUUAAUUAUCAAAAAAACAAAGAAUCAGUGAGUCUGAACGCGCGCGCGCGCGCACACACGAGGCUCCACCCCCUAAAGUCAGCAGACGCCUCACACCUGGAGCCUAAUUGACUUGAAGGUGGCCACCGGCAGGUAGGCAGUGUGGUCCUGUGGGGGUGAAGCUCCAAAACAUGUGCGUGUCGUCCGGCUGUCGUCUUUUGAGUCGUGGCUCUCACGGUGCGCCAUGAACGUCGCAUGGGGCCUGCUGGCCGCCUUGAGUCUGCUGAGCGGCUCGGAGUCCUGGUGCUCCCCCACCACCUACUACCAGAACUGCUGGAUCCGGAGGUUCCCCGGGAUCUUCAUCGACCUGGAGGAGUCCCAGAGGAGAGGAGCGCGGCUCCUCAACCUCUACCAGGAGGAGACGGCGCUGAAAUGCAGCCGCACCUGCUGCCUGACGCAGAAUUUUUCCUGCAACCUGGCCGCGUUCCAGUACGAAACCAGUCCAGAAAGGCAGAACUGCUUCCAUCUGCACUGUCCCACACUGGAGAGCUGCAUCCUGACCCACAGAGGCAACGUUGUCCUCUAUAACAUCACAAAGGGUGCAGAUCCUGAUCUGCUGGUGUUUGGAAAAUACUUCUCGUCAAACGUCCGUGUGUUACCCCAUCACUACAGCCGGAUCAACGCCUCGGAUGCCCUGCCUUCAGACAAACGCCAGUUCAUUCGCCCUGCUCCUGCAGUGCCGCCGCUGACGUCUGCAGCCACGGUUAAGCCGCCGGCCUCAACAGGAGCGCACGCCACCGCGGCCGAAGAAAAGGUCACAGCGGUCCCUUCAGCUGCCUCCAUGGAAAAGAUUCCAGCCACCUUAGGAAGGUACGCUCAAACCGUCACACCCGCUUCCCCCUGUUUGUCAAACACGGUAACGUCCAGACGCCAGCCAGAGACGUCUCCAGGCUUCCCCACAGCAACUACUCAAGCUCCCACUUUCUACCACUCCACCCUCACGCCCCCCCAGGUGACCAGCAGCCCCUCAACUGCUUUCAUUCUCACGACUAGCUCUCAGGAUGACAAUGACACGGCGGGCAGCCUGGAGAGGAACCACACUGCAGGCAGUGAGGAAGGUCAGGGAGGAGAGGACGAGGACACGGAGUUUGGACCUGGAUGGCGCAUGGCCGCUCACACGUUGCUGGUUGCAGUGGUCAUCUGUGUCACGGUGCUGCUGAGCUGCUGCUGCUCCAUUCUACUGCUGGUGAGCUGGAGAGGUCAGAAGAAGAGGAUGGGCCGCUACCGCACAUCAUGGAGAGGGAAGAAAGGCUCCAUGCGCCUCAUCAAGUAUGUGCUGGUCCGAGAGAGCUGCUGAGGGCGGAGACCAGGGAAGAAGGCGGCCUUCAACAGUAGGAUCGGGUUUAAAGAUGAAUUCUUUAAACGGACUUUCACUUAAAAAUUCCAAUAACAGUUCAGUAGAAGAAUGUGGUUGUCUCCACGUUCUGCCUGAUGAAAACAGACCCCAUCCAACCAGAAAAACCACCACCAGAAGAGUAAAUCCUUUCCACGACUGCUGCUCGCUCAUCAGCAGCACAAAGACGAGACUGAAGCAGAAACAGGACAGCUUUGGCUGCGGAUGAAAUCGCUAAUAUUGCUCUGAAGCGGGGUUCACACCGGCCUCUUCAAUGUGCGUGCAUGAGGUCUGUGUCAACGGGCGUUUUCCCGCUCAUGCGUAGAAAGUUUCUAUGAUUGUUUUCCGGCUCUACGUACAAAACGUGUGGUCAUUCAAUGAGCAUCCAGUGGCAACUGUUUGAAAAUUGAUCAUGGAGGAGAAACGAAGAUUUGGGGUUUGAAUAAUACGACACCAAGUCUUUCAGAUAUUGGAAAAGAGAUUACAUUACAUUUAACAGCAAGCCUCUUCUGUGCUAGUAAACAGUAGAAAAAGGAAGAGGCGCCCCUCCCUGCUUGUCCAGUAGGAACAUCAUGGGAUAAAGAUGCAUUCAAGGAUGCUCGUUCUUCAACGUAGCUUGAGGGUGAAGCAUUUUUCUAGCAGGAGGGGGAUCAUUUGCUUUUUUUCAGUGCUUGGAACUGGUUUUUCUUAAACAAUUGAACAAUCAGAAACCAUCUUUACUCGUUUUAUUUUCUCCGAGAAGCGAUGGAAACUUGUGAAAUGGCUGUAGGAAUGUUACAGGAAGCAGCCCCACCUUACUGGUUCACAAAUGUGGAUGACACCUGUGUGAAGACUGAAACCAAGGCGGUGCAGUGGACCAGAACAUGACAUUAACCAGAGGGGACAGCAGGAACAGCCAGCUGGCCCUUCUGGACUGUGCAGUCAUUUAACCUGUACACACAAAUCUACACAGUAGCUGUUGUUGCUUCAAAGUUGUCAUUUUAUUCAACCUCCACGCUGCUAAACUUUUAAUAAACAUUAGCCGUUUGUCU